GCCUGAGAAAACGCCGCGUUUCUGAGGCGACGCCUCGACUGGCAGUUACCACCGCGCUAGAAGCCUCCCCGGCGGCCGCCGGCAUCAGCAGCGUCACCAUGGGGGCUGUGCUGGGCGUCUUCUCUCUAGCCAGCUGGCGCGGAUUUCCCCGGGCUACUGAGUGUGUGGCGGAGCUGGGAUUUUAACCGAGGCCAGUUUGCAGUUGUGCAAAGGAACAGAAGAAGACCGUGGCCCUUCCCGUAAUAUGGGGAUAAUCACCCCAGCAUUCAUCGCCCUGAGAGCUGCUGUGAGGAUAGAGUGAAUAAAUGGGUGGAAUCGCUCGGUAGACUGUAAACGCCAUAUUUUGCAAGGAAAUUUUAGGAUCUGUGGAAGAGAAUAUGGUUCCCUGCCUUUGCAGCGGUGCCUCAUGUCUGCUGUGUAGUUGCUGUCCCAAUAGCAAGAAUUCCACGGUGACUCGCCUCAUCUAUGCUUUCAUUCUCUUCCUGGGUGCUGCUUUGUCCUGUAUCAUGUUGACGGAAGGGAUGGAAACGCAGCUGAAGAAGAUUCCUGGAUUCUGUGAAGGGGGAUUUAAAAUCAACAUGGCUGAUAGGAAGGUGGAUAAAGAUUGUGAUGUUCUUGUUGGUUAUAAAGCUGUAUAUAGGAUCAACUUUGCCUUGGCCAUCUUUUUCUUUGUCUUCUCUCUGCUCAUGUUAAAAGUAAAAACAAGUAAAGAUCCCAGAGCAGCAGUACACAAUGGGUUUUGGUUCUUCAAAAUUGCUGCCAUUGUUGGUAUCAUGGUUGGCUCUUUCUACAUCCCUGGGGGCCAUUUCACCACAGCCUGGUUUAUUGUUGGCAUGGUUGGGGCCUUUUUGUUCAUCCUCAUCCAGCUAGUGCUGUUGGUAGACUUUGCUCACUCUUGGAAUGAAUCAUGGGUAAGUCGAAUGGAAGAAGGAAAUCCAAGGUGCUGGUAUGCCGCUUUGCUCUCCGUCACAAGCAUCUGCUACAUUCUGUCUGUCGUCUUUGUCGGCUUGCUCUACACGUACUACACCAAACCAGAUGGCUGCACGGAGAACAAGUUCUUCAUCAGUAUUAAUUUGAUCCUUUGUUUUGUGGUGUCUAUUAUAUCCAUCCACCCAAAAAUUCAGGAACACCAGCCUCGGUCUGGUCUCCUGCAGUCCUCUCUCAUCACCCUCUACACCAUGUACCUCACCUGGUCAGCCAUGUCAAAUGAACCCGAUCGUUCCUGCAACCCUGGCCUCUGGACCAUUGUGACGCAUAUGACCGCACCAACCUUGGCUCCUGGAAAUUCAACUGCCAUAGUUCCUACCUCUGCACCACCCUCAAAGGGUGGGCAUUUUAUAGAUCUAGAGAAUUUUAUUGGGCUGACAGGCUUCGUUCUCUGCCUUUUGUAUUCUAGCAUCCGCACUUCCAACAAUAGCCAAGUAAGUAAGCUGACCUUGUCAGGAAGUGACAGCGUGAUCCUCCGUGAUACAGCUGCCAAUGGUGGCAGUGAUGAAGAGGAUGGACAGCCUCGGCGGGCUGUGGACAAUGAGAAAGAAGGAGUGCAGUACAGCUACUUCUUAUUCCACUUCAUGCUUUCCUUGGCUUCUUUGUACAUCAUGAUGACCCUAACCAGCUGGUACAGCCCUGACGCAGAGUUCCAGAGCAUGACCAGCAAGUGGCCAGCUGUGUGGGUCAAGAUCAGCUCCAGCUGGGUCUGCCUCCUCCUCUAUGUCUGGACCCUUGUGGCUCCACUUGUCCUCACCAAUCGUGACUUCAGCUGAACCUCUGAGAAUUCAUAAAGGUCUGCUUUGCUGAAAGCCCAUUAUCUACUUUACUUUUGCUUCAACUAAAAUAUUAAGUGAACACUUUGCCAAUUUGACUAUAUCCAGGUUUAUAUCAGAGGGCAAAAUUAAGUAAUGCUUGAUGCAGGAUCUGAACUUUUCAUUUAUAUGUAUAUUAUGUUUAUUUGUAAGGAUAUAGUGCAAAGGGAACAUUUUGCGUUUUAAAGUGAAUUACAGCUGUGCUGUGAAGAGAGUUCUUUAUUGACCUGUAGGAUCCUACAACUUUGAUUUAAAGUGUAAGAAAAUGUUGGAUAUUUGAGGCCAAUUGUUAAUAUAUUUCUAUUGCAGUAUCCUUAAAAAGCAAACAAAAACAAAACAAAACAAAAAAAAACCCCACCAUUUCUGUGAUGGGUUUCCUUUGUGAAAAUCUUCGUGUGAUGGAAGCACUGUGUUCAGUCCUUAAUCCCCUACCAGGUGUAGCAUCAUAGUACUUGGGGGAAAGGGUGUGUGCAUAUGGGUCCUUCCCCAGAAGAGCAGGGUGGCUGAUUUGGCUACUGCUUCUACAGCUUGAGUUUGUCCACUUAAUGUUCUACACUACAGCAGUGAUGUUGUGCAGUUCCAGCUUUGCCAGAAGUUUGUUUCCAUAAGCGCUCUGUAGGUUUGGUUAUAAUGAAGAUUCACUUGGGAAAACAGUGUGACUUCAGCCUAUGUAAUUACCUUGUUAUGAGUAUGUAAAAGUAAAAUGCAUGUGAAUUUAUUAUAUUUGCACUAUAAAGGUAUUUGAUUAAAAUAGAGACUUCAGCUUUUAAGGCCCGUUCUUUUACAGCUUUUAUGAGUUAACAGCCAUCCUGUAAUUUUUAGACCUACAUGGGCAGUCAGGUUUAUCAAGCAUCGAGCAGAGUGCACCUAUCUCUUCUAAAAUUUGAGGUCUGGCUAGUAAGUAGUCUUGAACUCAUCCAAAAAUUGUACUAAUAAUAUCUUCCUUGGGCAAGACACUUGGUGCCAAUGAGAGAAAAAGCAGGUGCUAUCAGGAAACUUCUUCAGGAGAGGUAGCACACAAGGAGGUAGAAUAGAACGGUUCUUCCAACAAUCAUUUACUGAAUCUCUCUCAGGUUCGGGGAUCCAGCUUUAAACAUAAGAGACACCAGUUCUGCCAUCCUGGACUUCUGGUUUAGAGGGUAAAAAUGAGCUGACAGUUGUGCAACAUGGUGUGAUGACUGCUGUGAUUGAAGAAUUGCAGAGAACUCAAAGGAGAGUUGCCUGGGGUCACGAAUUGGGGAUUGUCCUGGUAGGCUCCCUGGAAAAUGUGGAAUUGAGGGCUAGGACUUACUUAAUAGGAGUUAGCCGAGAGAGAGAGAUGGGGAAGUAGGGUGGCAAAACCGCAUGUUCAAGAAGGGAGAUGAAAACUUGUUCAGGAAAGCUGGCAUGGGGAGAAGAGGGCAGGGACUAGGUCAUGAAGGGAUUUGUAAACCACACUGAAGUUUGAACAUUAAUGUUGAGAACAGUGGGGAGCGUGUGCAUAGUGACAUGAACAGACGGUCUUCAGUCACUGCCACUGACCGGUAGAGAGGGCAUCUAGAAAGGAGACUGGGGGUGGGCCAUAUACCAUUUCAAACAGAGAAGUGAAAAUGAGGAUGGGGGGGAAUUGACAGCUGAGAGCUACGUAGUAAUUAAAAUUUAAAAACUGGAAAUUGAUUAGCUAUCAGGAAGAGGCAGGUUCCUGAAUGAUGCUGGUUUAAUUACCUGAGUUGAUGGAGGUUCUGCUUAUAUGGUGAGACAGGAAGAGAAACAUUGUGCCAGAAGAAUGGAGUUCAUCCCUUAAGAAUGGCUAAGAACAUAGGCUUGGAAGUCACACGGGGUUUGUAUCCAGCUUUGCCGUUUCCGUCAAGACUGGUGGGCUAAUAUUUAUUGAGUACAUAGUAUGCUUUAUGACUUACUUUGGGCGAAUGACGGUGUGACCACCUGUCUGAGCCUUAGUGUUUUCCUUGUUUAAAUAAAAGCUAGUACCUAGUCCA